AACCCUCAAGUCUCGGCACAGGGUGAAGUGGAAGCACAAGCACAACCCACCACUCCCUGGAUUACUGACAGGAGUAUAAUGGCUCCCUUGAUCGAUGAAUAUGAUCGUCACAUAGAGGAAAUGAUGGGACAGCUACAGAAAUUCCAGGUACAAAUGGCAGACAUAAAAGUCAAGUUGGACAGAGUUGUCAAGGAGAACGAAAGGCUGCACACUGAGCUCAGAGAGUCAGUGGAGAGGCAGUUACAUGCCAUCCCAGUGUCCUCAGCAGCAGAGAGCAGUACAGUGGAGGAGGAAACCAUCAUCAAAAACCUCCAGGAGCAGAUACAGUUGUCUGAACAGGAGCGAGGGCAGGCCAUGGAGUUGUGGCAGACAACCUCUCAGGAGCUAGAUCGUCUUCAGCAGAUCCAUCAGAAGUUUGUUUCUGACACACAGAUGCAUGAUGCCCAAAAGAAGCAGCCCACAGAUCAGCUUGUCCAGUUACAGAGACAAACACAAAAGCUCCUACUGGACAAUCAGAAGCUGGAAAUGACCAACCAGCAGUUUCUGAAGACUUUAACUGAGCAGACAACCGAGAUGGAGGAGCUACAGAGUUACAACAGGCAGUCUAAGGCUGAAUUACGGACAGCCACAGCCAAAGUAAAUGAGUUGACCAAAUUAUUGCAAAAUCUCAAGGAACAGAUGCAAAGACAGGAAGAAGAUGUAGCCGAGGCUCAGGGUUGGUAA